GUUACAGGAGGAGAUGCUAAAACAGAACAAAAGCCUGGUGAGAAAAAGAGGGGAGUGAAGAGACCACGUGAAGACCAUGGCCGUGGAUAUUUUGAAUACAUCGAGGAAAAUAAGUACAGCAGGGCCAAGUCCCCUCAGCCACCUGUUGAAGAAGAAGAUGAACAUUUUGAUGACACAGUGGUUUGUCUUGAUACUUAUAACUGUGACCUGCAUUUUAAAAUCUCAAGAGACCGGUUUAGUGCUUCCUCUCUGACCAUGGAAAGCUUUGCUUUCCUUUGGGCUGGGGGGAGAGCCUCCUAUGGAGUUUCUAAAGGCAAAGUCUGCUUUGAGAUGAAGGUUACAGAAAAGAUUCCUGUUAAACACCUGUACACAAAAGACAUUGACAUACAUGAAGUGCGAGUUGGCUGGUCACUGAACACAAGUGGAAUGUUGCUUGGUGAAGAAGAAUUUUCUUAUGGGUAUUCUCUGAAAGGAAUAAAGACAUGCAAUUGUGAGACUGAAGACUUUGGUGAGAAGUUUGAUGAAAAUGAUGUGAUUGGAUGUUUUGCUAAUUUUGAUGGAGAUGAAGUGGAACUCUCAUAUUCCAAGAACGGACAAGAGCUUGGUGUUGCAUUCAAAAUAAGUAAGGAAGUUCUUGAUGGGCGGCCACUCUUCCCACAUGUUCUCUGCCAUAACUGUGCAGUUGAGUUCAACUUUGGUCAGAAGGAGGAACCUUACUUUCCUGUUCCUGAAGAGUAUACCUUCAUCCAGAAGGUCCCCCUGGAGGAUAGGGUCCGAGGACCAAAGGGACCUGAGCAAAAGAAAGAUUGUGAGGUGGUGAUGAUGAUUGGCUUGCCUGGAGCUGGCAAGACUACAUGGGUUACCAAACACGCAGCAGCAAAUCCUGGGAAAUACAACAUUCUUGGGACAAAUACUAUUAUGGACAAAAUGAUGGUUGCAGGUUUUAAGCGGCAAAUGGCGGACACUGGAAAACUUAACACACUGUUGCAGAGAGCUCCCCAGUGUCUUGGAAAGUUCAUUGAGAUUGCAGCUCGUAAGAAGCGGAAUUUCAUUUUGGAUCAGACAAAUGUGUCUGCAGCUGCGCAGAGGAGAAAAAUGUGCCUGUUUGCAGGCUUCCAGCGCAAAGCAGUUGUUGUUUGCCCAAAAGAUGAAGACUACAAGCAAAGAACACAAAAGAAGGCAGAGGUGGAGGGAAAAGAUCUUCCAGAGCAUGCAGUUCUCAAAAUGAAAGGGAACUUCACACUGCCAGAGGUAGCAGAAUGUUUUGAUGAAAUAAUCUAUGUAGAGUUGCAAAAAGAAGAAGCUCAGAAGCUUUUGGAGCAAUAUAAAGAAGAAAGUAAGAAGUCUCUUCCUCCGGAAAAGAAACAGAACACUGGCUCAAAGAAGAACAAGAAGAGCAAUAAAAAUCAAUUUAAUAGGGGUCAGAGAGGUCGUGGAGGAUUCAACAUGCGGGGCAACUUCAGAGGAGGAGUCCCUGGCAAUCGUGGUGGAUACAACAGGAGGGGAGGCAACAUGCCUCAGCGAGGUGGUGGUGGUGGCGGUGGUGGCGGUGGCAGCAGCGGUGCAAUUGGCUACCCAUAUCCUCGUGGCCCUGUCUUUCCAAGCAGAGGUGGCUACUCAAACAGAGGAAACUAUAACAGAGGUGGAAUGCCCAACAGGGGAAACUACAACCAGAACUUCAGAGGAAGGGGAAAUAAUCGUGGCUACAAAAACCAAUCUCAGGGCUACAACCAGUGGCAGCAGGGUCAAUUCUGGGGUCAGAAGCCAUGGAGUCAGCAUUAUCACCAAGGAUAUUAUUGAAUACCCAAAUAAAUGAACUGAUACAUAUUUCUCCAAAACCUUCACAAGAAGUCGACUGUUUUCUUUAGUAGGCUAACUUUUUAAACAUUCCACAAGAGGAAGUGCCUGCGGGUUCCUUUUUUAGAAGCUUUGUGGGUUGAUUUUUUUCUUUUCUUUUUUUGUACAUUUUUAAUUGCAGUUUUAAAGUGAUUCGUAAGAGAACCUCAGCAUUGUGCACGAUAAGAGAAUGUGUCAGUAUUUCAGGGUUCUACAUUUUAUCUGUAAAAUGUGACUUUUUUUUUACCACAACAAAAGUAAAACGUUGCUUUGUACCUGGUGUCUUU